AUGAAGAGUUUCCCAAUACAACCUUAUCCUCAUGCUCCUACCAAGAAAGACAAUGUGAGGCAUUAUGCAAGGUUUUUAGAUAUAUUUAGUUGGUUGCAUAUAAAUAUUCCAUUUUCUGAAGCUCUUGAACAAAUGCCAAGAUAUGCUAAGUUCAUAAAGGAUAUUCUCACGAAGAAAAGGAGGUUAGGUAACAUUGAAGUUAAACAUACAAAGAUGACACUUCGGUUGGAUGACAAAUCUAUCGUCCGUCCAUCAGGAAUAGCUGAAGAUGUUUUGGGUAAGGUGGACAAGUUCUUAUUUCCAACUGAUUUUGUUAUGAUGGAUAUUGAAGAGGAUGAUGAUGCACCUUUGAUUUUAGGUCGAUCGUUCAUGAAAACCGCCAAAAUGGUGAUAUUUGUUGAUUAUGGAUUGAUGAAGGUUCGUGUCCAAGAUUAA